AUGAGUAUGUCUGAUCUCAGUAAAUAUACUUCAGAAUUUCUUGAAAACCUUAUCGAUGAUAGAAAGCGGAAUCAAGGUCGACGACGUCUUCGAAAUGGUUUUAAAUUUAGCACUAUAGCUUCACCUCCUAAAGAUUUAGAAGAAGAGAUUAUCAGAGAGAUAACUAAACGAAUCUUACAGAAUAGAUAUGGAUUUAGUAGAAAACAAGUGGAUGAUUUAUUCUUUACCCAGAAAAAUGGAAGUACAUUCGAAGAGCCAUUGCCCUGCAAUAAAGACGUAAAUAUUGCAAUUUCUAACAAACCCUCGAAAGGAAUGGAGGAAGAAACUAUCGGAGAUAUGGCACAUCGGCUUUUAUGGGAUAAGCUUAGCAUUAGAGAUGUAAGAGCUGAAGCUUAUGCCUUAGCCCUAUCAGCAAAAAAUGCUAAUGCUGGCUCAUCACAUCUCACUCGUCUUCGUAGAGAAUUAAGAAACCUUAAUGCAUCACUUGAGAUAAUUGAGUGUCAAUCAAAAAAAGCUGAAGCUAAACGUAUCGAUUAUCUAGAUGAAUUUAUAUUAGAAUCAGUCAAAGAAAGAUUAGAUGCAUAUAAUAUUAAAACUUUACCUGAUUAUCAGGCUCUUGCUAAUGUUAUAGUGAUGCUUUGUAUUCAUCCUGCUGAACUUAAAACUUUAUGCAUUAUAGAUACUGGAGUGCCGGGUUAUAUGAAGAACCGAGGUCAGCCAAAUAUUCCUAGAAAAUUUAGAUCUAUGGAAAAGAAUCAAGAACGAGCCAAAGAACUACUCACUUGGAUUCAGCAUAAUAUAUCAUCUGGAUGA